AUGUCGUCCCGUCAGGACGGGCUUCCUCUCUCAACUGAGGUAUCCCACGCAGUCUCAACCCAUCGUCAUCGUCGCUCGUCUGGGGAUGCAGCAGUGCGUGCCGUCUCGACCCGAUCGGCGCCAGCCGGGACCGCCGACAACACUCACCACCACACAUUGACUACCAAGCAUGCGGACCAUACCAGCGAGACCAAGCGACAGAUCAACAAGCUGCCCUCGGUUAGCGCCGAGGACAGGGAGCGCAGAGCAGCAGAGUUCCGAAUGAGACUAAAGGCUGCCGUAGAGGAGCGUAAGAAAAUGACCCCGGAGGAACGCGACGCUACCAGCUGGGGUGGCGUCCCUCUUAGCCAGACGAGUCCCGAAGACGCAUUCGCCAUGCUGUAUGAGACCAUUGGCUCGAUUUGA